GCAACGGGCACAGGCAACAGGCAACUGGCAUCUGGAGGCAACGGCAUCAGCAACAGGCUAUUCCACGGGCGAUGACGUACUAACGUGGCUGCAAUGAGUAACAUACCGCUGUGGGCAGCGUUGCUGCUGCUCCUCGGCACCUCUUUGGCCACACCCUCAUCCGCAUCAUCAUUCACCACCGGAACUGGCGCCGGACCCGGAACCGCUUGGCAGCGCGCCCUGUUCGGACGCAAUUCGCGCAAUCUAGUGCACCGCAGAGCCCCCGGGGACUUGGGUCUGAACGACUUCUAUGGCCCAUAUGCCGGACUGGUCCUGGAUCCCAGCCGAGUAGGGGAGCAGAGGGAGCAGCACCAGCCAUUACCACCUCCGCAGCAGCUUCGCCAACAGACCGAGGUAUAUGGAAUUGUAGAGCCGCUGAUUGAGGACACACCCUGUGCAGACCGCGCCUGCCUGCUCAACGAGGACUGCUGUCCCUCCGGGGUCUGCGUCAACACAUAUGGCGAGGGUAAAUGCGUUUAUGUGUUUGGGCGGCAGCGGGAGUUGUGCCAACACCAUGCGGAUUGCCCACAGGGAAGUGCCUGCAUGCUGGUGGCCCAGGAAGGGGUAUGGAGGUGUGAAGCAGAGCCGGAAUCGGGAGCAGCCCCCUCCCUGCUGGACGACGUGUUCCGGAUGAGACCGAAACAGCCUUUGGGCAGCGAUUGCAGUAGCAGCAGUGACUGCCAGGUGAUCAAUGGCAUGUGCUGCCAACAACAACGGUUGCACCACCGCGCCACCAUCAAGCUCACCUGCGGUUACUUUCGCGAUGCUUUUGAUUGCGUGGACAUGGUCGGAAAUGAGCAUCGGAACUAAAAAGCAGAAACACCACAAGUUAUGAAUGUGCUAACUGAAUGAAAUACCAAUGUAUUUCAACAUGGAUUAUUGCGUUUCUCAGAUAUAAUUACAAUAUUGGAACAUAUCAAAUGUUAAACGAAUACAUAUCAAUCUUCGAGUUUGCUGUAGCUUAGGGAAAUCGCGUAUAUAUUGCCCGCAUAUGAAAAUUAAUUCGCGUACCACGUUAUAUUACCUAAAUGUUCUUAGAUAUCUAAAUGUUUUUCGUAGAAACUCCAUAUAUACUGACUGAGGCAUUCAAUGUUAUUAACAAACGGUUAUUCUAAUACAGUUUUACCAUAUUCAAGAAGAAAUUAAAUCGUUUCACCUCUCAAUUUAAAUCAAAUCCAAUAAAUGAACUUAGCAAAA